GGGGGGAGGCUCCUCGAAAUCAAGAAUGGACUUUCAUUCUUCAAUUUGACUUCUAAUUUAAUUUAUUUAGCCACGCGGACACCUGGAGAAGUUGAAUCCUGUGUAACAAGAGGAUUGCUGCAGGAAUACUGUGAUGUAGCAGCCCUCGGGACCCUGGAGAAAGGGGCUGGACGUGGGUUGGCUGAACAUAAAAUAGAGCACACAGACAAGAAACCAUAGCUUACAUGACGGUGGCUCAUUGUCAUGUAGCAACAGUGCCCCCUCUCUUUGGAUCUGCUCAUGCUACAGCGCAUGUGAUCGACCCUGCGGCCUGGAACUGAGGCGACGUUUACCGACCAGUGCAACCAGCUGCAGUAUUCCUACAAAAGAGGAAGAGACUGUUAAUGUCUGACCCCAGGAAGUGAGAGUUUUCUCUGCCUGUGACUCCACGUGGUCAGUCUUUCUUGUACCAAUUCUGUGUCUCCCUGGUGAGACCGCUGUAGUCUGUAAUGUGAAUGAAGCCCCAGCGGGCUGUGUCAAUGGUUUUAUUUAAUGCUGUCGUUUUAUUGAGUCCUUCGCUUGGUCAAUGAGUCUGUUUAGAAGCUGUGGUGCCUUCUUUUGGUAUGUGGGGGUUUGAUGUCGUGGGAGUGGGAGUGGGUGGGGGGACUGAGUACAAAGGCAGGAGUGUGAAUGUUUCAAUGAAAUGUUAACUUAGGAAUGUUUCUUUUUUCGUUUUGUUUUUCUCUUUCUCUAAAAAGAAAAACAAAAAUUAAAAGCACCGCCGAGGCUCGCAAGAGGAAAAUAAGUGCUUGAAGCGAUGUCAUCAUGAUUACAUUACAGCACCCGGCUACAUGCUUGGGAGUUUAGGGGAGGGCGCUGUGAUGUGUACAAAGUAAUUGUUGCUCUUAUCAUAUUGCAGUCAGUCUGAUGUCAUCAGUUUGCAAGAGACACGACAAAGCCACAUUCAAUUUAUUUAUUUUUUUCGUGCUAAAUUACCGGUUUGAAGAAAAACUCCACCAAGUUUAACCUUGUUUGGAUUGUACCGAAAAUGAUCUGUAGAUGGUAGAACCGUAAACUUUUCAGGUUGAAUUAUUGAACUUGAGAUUUCUCGGCGUAACAUAAUGCUAGCGUAGCUCUUUUUUUUUUGCAUGCGUUGGAUCUGAAUCUGAUGAAACGGACAGCCUGCAUUAUAGAUAUUUGAACAUCUACAGAUCAUUUUGAGGCACUAUGCAAGUAAACUAUUUUUGCAAGUUUGACUUAAGAUUGCUGCAGGGUCUGUCCACGCUCCUCCUCUUGUUGAAGAUGGGUAAUGUGGAACGGUAGCAGGUUAUUGUGUUUCAGCACUCGUCUCCGAUCAGUUUAGAACUCCUCAUUUGUUUUUAAGAGCCAGCUACCAUUAAGAAAAGCAGUCAAAGGUCUACAUGAACUCUGUGACAUCAGGGAAUUAUUAUGUGUGAUUCCUUUAAACAUUAAUGUCUUCUAAACAACCUCCUUUGUGACACUUCUAAUUGAAACAAAAAAAAAAAAACUUUUAUAGCUCAGAAUGUAUUGAAAUGCAAUUAAUUACCAUGCAGUCUUUAUGCUUACUGGAUUUUCUUUGAAUAAAAAAAAGAAUAAAGAUGUGCAAGUUGAAAGCCUGUUGAUGGACCUCCAGUUAAUGCUGCUGACUUGAAAUUGAAUGUAUGUAAAUCGUCUGACUUAUUGAUGCUUGUGGUGUAAGGGCGCCCUCUUGUGGAUAAAGAGCAAGACAUGUCAGACAUGGCUGUUGCAAAAAAGGGAGGAAACAUGAUUUUCAUCCACUGGACAAAGCUAGUGGUUUAUUUAAAAUUACUAGCCACUGUCACAAUUUUCUUAAAAUCUUUUGAUUAUUAAUGUUUAUUCAAAUUAUGCUAAUUUACCAUUGUACGAGCAGAAAUCCAGCUUCCAAAUGAAGAUCGCUGAUCUAUGCGGCUCACACAUCAAACAAAAAUGACAGAAUCCAUCUGGAUUGCUGUUGGAUGCUUCAGAGGAUAUAUUUUAUGUAUUGCGAGUAACAAAUUCUAAAAUGCCUUUGCUAUAACAAGCAGAAAAAAAUUCAGCAGUUAAGCAUUAGUAUCUUCUAACUCACGCUAAGAAAACCACGCUGUAAUUUAUUACUUAUACACAAACACAAUUUAGAAAUCAGUACAUUCAUGUGUUUUACUGUGCACAUUAUGCAGAGUUUUUCUAAUUGGCCCAAUGAGGCCAAUGUAGUCGACGCACACUUUGUCAGCUGGCAACAGCAGCUGUCAAUCAAACUGCAUCUAUAUAACCAGUGGCAGAAGUGGCAUCGCCGUGUCUCCGGAUAAACCCGGGGACAGACAGGAGCUCCACUGUGAUUAUUGAUCGUCCAUCGGUACCUUCUCUGAUGUUUUGAUAGAGAGUGGUAGUAUUGCUAUUGAGUGGUAGUAUCGAUAUAUUAAAAACUCCUUUCAGCUCUUCAAUUAUUGAUAAUCGUCUACCCAGAACCAUUUUUUUUCUUCUCCUGGCUGCUUUUGACUUUUACUAUCUUUUCUUCUCAUAUCAGCUCACCAUCCUUUUCUUUUGGAAAAGAUGGAUAAAUUGAGUGGGAACAAUGAGACAGUGGUGAACAGCUCCAUAGACAAGUGGUCGUUCAAUGAACGCGGCUCUUACCAACACCUGGACCCCGGGCAGCUGAGGGUCCUGGUGCCAGCUAUUCUGGGAGUCAUCUGUGUCUUGGGGGUGGCUUGUAAUCUCACUGCGAUGAUUAUCUUGUUCUCCAACGCUCAUAGGGGCAAACUGUCCCUCAUCAACUCCCUCGUCUUCAACCUGUUGUUUGCCGACGUGCUAGUGCUGCUGUUCACGGUGCCUUUCAGGGCUGCGUCCUACUCCAAAGCUAGCUGGAAUCUGGGCUGGGUGGUCUGCAAGACGGCCGACUGGUUCCUCCAGUCCUGCAUGGCAGCGAAGAGCUUCACGGUGGCUGUCAUGGCCAAAGCGUGCUACCGCUACGUGUCCAACCCCACCAAGCAGGUGAGCAUCCACCUGGGCUCCAUGCUGGUGGUGUUCCUCUUCAUCUGGCUUUCCGCCUGCUCGGUCACCAUCCCUCACUGGCUGUUUGCCACACUGCGGAGAGAAAUCCGCGGGCUGGCGUGUGUGCUGAUGGUUCCUCCUGAAGCCCGGGACUUCAUGGCUGUGUACGUCAAAGCGUACCCCCUGGGGGUCUACUGUGCUCCUCUCUGCUUCGCCCUGAUGUACUUCUGUAGGGCUUAUAGCCAAUGCCAGCGCCGCUCCAGUAAAACUCAGAACCUGCGCACCCAGAUCAGAGCCAGGAAGCUCACCUUGAUGCUGUUUAGCCUGACUGUGGCCAUGACUAUUCUCUGGCUUCCACAGUGGGUGGUGUGGGUUUGGGAGCGUCACGUUGCGGAGAAGGAUAUCGAAGGAGCUCAGCCCCUCAUCUCUUCUCUUCCCCCUCUUCUAACCCUCUCUGCCCAGCUGCUCACCUUCUCUCUGUCCCUGGUGAACCCUCUCAUUGUCCUCUUCCUCUCCGAGGAGUUCAGAGAGGGCUACAGGGGGCUGUGGAGGCGCCUCACCCUGCGCAAACAACCUCCUCCAAAGCCAAAGCCGGGACCUCACAACCCUACAACUCUCCAGUCGCCUUGCCCCAGACCAGAGACUUCGGGCCAGCUGGGGGGGGAGAGGAGCCUCCGACCAAGCUUCAGCCAGGCUCCCAGCAGUGAGGCUCAGCCCCCGCCGGAGCAAGGAGAAAAGAGAGAAGAAGACAGGCUGAGCCUCAAAGAUGGGAUCGUCUUGCUUGAUGUGGAGCAGUUCUGGCACGGGAGGGAGAGUGGAUCGAACGCAGACGAAAAUGAUCCCGUGCCGUGGGAGCACCAGAGCAAAGACGGGGAAAAAUAACAACCACCUUCCAGCUGAUCUUCAAUACAGUCCUCAGACAGCAGCAGCUUCAUCAACACACCUCAGUUAAAGGACUGCAGAGAGCUGCACCGUUAAUCAUUUGUGUUAACUGUCAACUUUGGUUAGGAUAUUAUUCAAAGGUAAGACAUGCCAUCAGUGUGCAAUACAAGACUGGACUAUAAAUAGAGCAGUAUCAUCUGUAAAUGAGAUAAAUAUUACAUAAUAUUGUCAAUUUGUUGUGUUUUUGUUAUUUAAUGGGGAAGAACACAUUACAUUAUAAUAAGUGAAAAAUGACUUUCGGUGGCUGUAAGUAAAAGCUUUUGGCAAUGUUGACAAUGUAAAUUCAAUAGUACACAGUAUAUCUAUAUAUAUAUAUAUAUAUAUAUAUAUUUUCAGCGUGUGGUGAAAGAACAUCGUAAGUUAUUAUUAUAAGUAUUUGGCAUCUUAGUUGGAGGUAGCUAAAUGUUAAGACCGCACUCGUGUGCAGUCAUUGUUUGUGUAUACCCUUUGGAUAUUAGUGAUCUUGAUGUAGGCAUAUGUAGGCAUAUGACAUAUGUCUGUUUCCUGUCCACUUUUUGUGAAAGAUUAUCGUGCAUCAGAUUGACCAGUGUUUACAAUAAAGGCAAUGUUGCCAGUGUGUGAUAAAA